AUGAGUGACGAAAAGCAGAGUACAGGUUCUGGGAUGCCAGGCUCGCUCUUGAGCCAGCCGGCGCAUACCCUCCCCUACGAUGUGGUCAUCAAGGAGCUGGGGACCAGAGUCGACGAAGGCCUCAGUGAUGAUGAAGCCCAGCGUCGUCUCCAGCAGUAUGGAGCUAACAAGCUGGACGAUGGCGAGGGGGUGUCCGUUAUCAAGAUCCUCGUGCGCCAGGUCGCCAACGCAAUGAUGCUAGUGCUCAUACUGGCCAUGGCAGUCAGUUUUGGAAUCAAAUCGUGGAUUGAAGGCGGCGUCAUUUGUGCCGUCAUCAUCCUGAAUAUCGUCGUCGGCUUCUUCCAGGAAUAUGCUGCGGAAAAGACCAUGGAGUCUCUGCACUCACUGAGCUCGCCGACGGGUACGGUCUCCAGAGGAGGUCAUACCUUCUCGGUUCCUUCCACUGAUAUCGUACCCGGCGACAUGGUCGAGUUGAAGACAGGUGAUACUGUGCCGGCUGACCUCAGAUUGGUCGAGGCAGUUAAUUUUGACACCGACGAAGCUCUGCUCACCGGUGAAUCCCUCCCGGUCACCAAAGAAUGUGAUACCACUUUCAAAGAGGACACUGGGCCAGGAGAUCGCCUCAAUAUCGCGUACAGCUCUAGUACUGUGACCAGGGGCCGUGCCCGUGGUGUUGUUAUCGGAACAGGCAUGGCCACCGAGAUCGGUUCGAUUGCUGCCGCACUCCGUGGUGCCAACUCCAAACGGCGUCCUGUCAAGCGAGGCCCUAAUGGUGAGACUAAGAAGCGAUGGUAUGUCCAAGCUUGGACCCUAACGGGGACUGACGCCGUCGGUCGCUUCUUGGGUAUCAACGUGGGAACUCCAUUGCAGAGAAAGCUCUCUAAACUGGCCAUUCUUUUGUUUGGAGUUGCUGUACUCUUCGCCAUUAUUGUCAUGGCGGCCAAUCGUUUUAGUAGCAGCAACGAGGUGAUCUUGUACGCUGUCGGUACUGGUCUCAGUAUGAUCCCGGCUUGCUUGGUCGUUGUCCUCACUAUCACAAUGGCUGUUGGAACCAAACGUAUGGUCGAGCGAAACGUGAUUGUGCGAAAGCUUGAUUCCCUUGAGGCUUUGGGCGCGGUCACGGAUAUCUGUUCAGAUAAGACGGGUACUUUAACCCAGGGUAAAAUGGUUGUGAAGAAGGCAUGGAUCCCCUCCCGGGGCACGUACUCGGUGGGAACGUCUAAUGACCCUUUCAAUCCCACAAUUGGCGAUGUGACCUUCACCCCACUGUCUCCCGUGAAGUUUGAGAAAGAAAAAGAAGGGCCCCCGGCCGAGAGUGUAGAGGGGCUUGUUUCUGGAAACCGCCAGCUCGAAGACUUCCUGGACGUAGCGUCCAUGGCCAAUUUGUCUCAUGUGUAUAAAGCUGAAACCGGUGAAUGGAGUGCCCGAGGUGAGCCUACCGAGAUCGCCAUCGAAGUGUUCGCCUCCAGGUUCAACUGGAAUCGGGACCGCUGGACAAAGGGUGAAGAUGCUGUGUGGCAUCAGAAGGCCGAAUUUCCUUUUGACUCCACGAUCAAGAAGAUGUCUGUGGUUUUCACCAAAGUCACUCCCCAGGAAGAACGCUCUAUGGUGUUCACCAAAGGCGCGGUUGAGCGCAUUGUUGACACCUGUACCACCGUCAUCUGGGACCAGGACUCGCCCACCCCUAUGACGGACGACCAUCGCAACCAAAUCUUCCAGAACAUGGAAGAGCUUGCCAAAAUGGGUCUCCGUGUGUUGGCAUUGGCGCACCGGCCAUACGAGGAGAAAACCCGGUUGCUUGAAGGAUCGGAAAUUGAGCGGGAAGAGGUUGAGAGGGAUCUCUGCUUCCUCGGACUCAUUGGCCUGUACGAUCCCCCACGCCCGGAGACUGCGGAUUCCAUCAAAGCAUGUUUCCGAGCGGGUAUUGCAGUGCAUAUGGUGACUGGAGACCACCCUGGAACAGCUAAGGCAAUUGCGCAGCAGGUUGGAAUUGUCCCUGCCGACCUUAGCAUGGUGGCUGCUGAUGUUGCGGACGCCAUGGUUAUGACUGCCAGCCAAUUUGACAAACUUUCUGAUGACGAGGUGGACGCCCUUCCCACACUUCCCUUGGUUAUUGCACGAUGUGCUCCCCAAACCAAAGUCCGCAUGAUUGACGCGUUGCACCGGCGUGGGCUCUUUGCAGCCAUGACUGGCGAUGGAGUAAAUGAUUCGCCUUCGCUCAAGCAUGCGGACGUUGGCAUCGCUAUGGGACAGGCUGGAUCGGACGUUGCUAAGGAUGCUUCAGACAUUAUCCUCACGGACGAUAAUUUUGCAUCUAUCCUGAAUGCCGUGGAGGAAGGUCGUCGUAUCUUUGACAAUAUCCAAAAAUUCGUUCUGCACCUGCUGGCCGAGAACAUCGCCCAGGCCUGUACGUUGCUGAUCGGAUUGGCAUUCAAGGAUCAUGAUGGCCAGUCUGUGUUCCCCUUGGCCCCGGUUGAGAUCCUCUGGAUCAUCAUGAUCACGUCAGGCUUGCCCGAUAUGGGGCUUGGAAUGGAAGUGGCUGCCCCCGACAUCAUGGAUCGACCUCCACAAACCAAGCAGGGCAUCUUCACCUGGGAGGUGAUCAUCGAUACCUUGGUUUACGGCCUCUGGACGGCGGCAUUGUGUCUGUCCGCAUUCUCGGUGCGUGUGUGGGGAUUUGGCGACGGCAAUCUUGCCCGUGGCUGCAAUCGGGACUACAGCGAUGAUUGUGAGCUAGUAUUCCGGGCUCGGGCGACAACAUUUGUCUGUCUGACAUGGUUUGCACUCUUCCUGGCCUGGGAGAUGGUAAAUCUGCGACGAUCCUUCUUCCGCAUGCAACCCAAGUCCAAGAAGUAUUUCACACAGUGGAUGUAUGACGUGUGGCGCAACAAAUUCCUAUUCUGGUCGAUCAUGUUCGGUUGGAUCACCAUCUUCCCUAUUCUGUACAUCCCCGUAAUUAACCACGUUGUGUUCAAACACACGUCGAUCACCUGGGAGUGGGGAAUUGUAUUUGUCGAGGCCAUACUCUUCUUUGCGGGCGUUGAGGCCUGGAAACUGGCCAAGCGUGUCUUCUUCCGUCGUCUACAUGCGAAGCAGCAUGUCGGAGGACGUGGGGAGAAAUCCGAGGGUGUGAUACCCACGCUUCCUUAA